CGGAGAUUAUUUUCGAAAUAAUCUCAGCGGCAUGAUGGACUCGCCUCAUUCAAAUGGGAAUUUAAUCAAUAAGAUACAAACAAGUAUGAAAAUGUAAAUUAAUAAUUCAUACUGGGUAAACAUUUACGCGAAUUCAUCGCAAAUAACAUUAUUUCUGCUUUGUAAUUCCUGCUCCGCUAAUUUUUUCUGCAAGCUUAAACUUCAAGCUUACUGCCAAUUUCUGCGAAAAUCUGCGUAGUAGGAAUAUCAAUCGGCAAACGGUCCUUCAAUCUUCUUUGCAACGUUGUUCCUCGUAGAAAGUUUAGCAUUCUUAUUCUGCAACGGUAUUUCAAGGACGGAAACUACAUCAGCUGUUCACCAGAAAAGCCGAACGAUCGCUCAAGGGAAACCUAAGCAGAUUUGAGAGUAAAUUUGCGAGAAACGUUGCAACCAAUUAAUCAUGAUAUAAAUAUAUAUAAUAUAAAAGAGAAAAAUGCUGCGAUAAAAUAAAGCUUUUUCAGUUUCGCUGGAAAAAUUAGUUUUAAAUUGCUCGAGACGUAAUUAUAAUUGAUGUCGGUUUACGAGUUAUAAGAAUCUCUUGUUUAUUUAUCCUUUUGCAUAUUUAGGAUAUCUUCCUUUUAUUUAAUUUAUUAUUCAAUCAAGGCAACGUGAUAUACACGAUGCGACAUCUGCCACUGAGGAGAAAUGUUAGGAAAUCAGAGAGAAUUAUCGCAACCGACGAUAUCAUAGGAGUCUGCAAUAAAUUGUUAUAUAAAUCUUAAAAGAUGUUUUUAUCAUUUUGUUAUUAAAUUUUCAUUAAAAUGUUGGCCAAUACUAGGAUUGAAAAAGUUUAGAAGACGGACACUAGCUUGAUAUGCCUGCAAAAGCUUAUGAUAAAACACUUUAAUUAAAAAUUGGUGUUUGUGUGAUUAAUUCACUCUUGAGAUAAUUUCUCACGAUUACAAAAUCAAGAUUACAAGAUGAAAAUAUCUAUCAACUAUAAUUUUGUCAUAAUGUUAUGUUAAGUUGUUUAAACGUGAUAACACUAAACAAAAUUAUAAUUUUAAUAAUAUUAUAUACUGCAUUAAGAACUAAUUUAAAAUUCAAGCAGUAUACAAUAAUUGCUAAGAUAUAUUAAAAAAUCGAAAUAUUGAAUACAUGUACAGAGGCAAGUUUUUAUUUCAAAAACAUGGAUAAUUUUCUUAUUGAUUUGCUUUCUUCUUUACAUUAUUAUCAUUCAAUUACGAAAACGCGUGUAUUUUCUAGAAAAUAUUUUACUCUGUCCCAAUUAUUUGGUAAGCAUUUUUUACUCGCUGUUGCAAGCCUGGCACUUCGUUUAUCGGCGAUGAAUACAUCAAGCCUGACACGACAAGUGAACUAUAACAAAUCAAAACAAGACAUAAAUGACGAUAAUCGCGCUUAUCCAUAUACGACCCGUUAUCGUUAAAAGAUGCUUCAUUGCAAUGUAACUCUCAGGCGCCGAUAUUAUCCAGAAGAUAAUUCAUUACCGUCCUUUGCCAAUGGGACGUUAGUCUCGCGCCGGCCACCUCUUCGACAACGUGCAUCGCGUGUAGUCUCCCCUGCAUUCGAUGACUUACAUUUCAAAAAAAUUUACAAUUCAAGAAACGCAUCGAUCUUUCUGACAAGAUCUAGUCUAUUAGUUUCAAGAGCAUUUGAACAAAUUAAUUUAUAUUAAAAAAACUUCUUGAGAGACUCAGUGUUACUUCGUUGACUUCUUCAUCAAAGAGACAUAUAUCUCAAGCAUGGCUUGUCCAGUAUCAAGUGGUAUCGCAGAGGAUCACGAUCAGGACAAGGACAAGUUAAUGCACGGAUUGCUCUACGGCGAGUAUCUACACUUGGACAAGAUCUUGUCAGCGCAACGAUUACUCAGCGCCGAAUACAGUGACGAGGUCCACGAUGAACAUCUCUUCAUCAUCACUCACCAAGCGUACGAGCUGUGGUUCAAACAAAUCAUUUUCGAGCUCGACUCCGUCAGGGCGCUCUUCAGCUCCAAUGCUCAUGAUGCUCAUGACGCGCACAAUGGCACGAUGAAUAAUAGCUCGGCCAACAACCAGGAAAACGGAGUUUCCCAUGUCCUGAACGAGACGAAAACUCUGGAGAUUCUGAAGCGACUGAAUCGCAUCGUGCUCAUCCUGAAAUUGCUGGUCGAUCAAGUGACUAUUCUGGAGACGAUGACGCCGUUGGACUUCAUGGCGUUUCGAGACUACCUGUGCCCAGCCUCGGGUUUCCAAUCGCUGCAAUUCCGCCUGCUGGAGAACAAACUGGGCGUGAAGCAAGAACACAGGGUCAAAUAUAAUCAGAGUUACAUGAGGGUCUUUGGUAGAGAUCCCGCGGCUAUCGAGGCGAUCAAGCGGUCGGAAGAGGAGCACAGUCUCAGCACUCUGGUUCAAAGAUGGUUAACCAGGACACCGGGUCUCGAGACUGACGACUUCGACUUCUGGGGAAAGUACAAGCGAUCGGUGGAGAAGAUGCUGAGUGAACAGGAACAAACCGCGAACGCACAAACCAAACAACAAAUUAAGGAGCACCUGCUGGCCAACGUGCGCUCGCGGCAAGCGGUUUUCGAUACCAUCUUCAAUGAAUCUCUCCACAACGCCCUGGUGUCGCGCGGCGAACGUAGAUUUUCGCACGGUGCUCUUCAAGGAGCGAUAAUGAUCACUUUGUACCGGGACGAGCCACGGUUCAGCCAACCACACCAAAUCCUCAUGGCGUUAAUGGAUAUUGACUCCUUAAUCACAAAAUGGAGAUAUAAUCACGUUAUCAUGGUACAACGGAUGAUCGGAUCCCAACAAUUGGGCACUGGCGGCUCCUCCGGUUAUCAAUAUCUCAAGUCCACGCUAAGCGAUAGAUACAAGGUCUUUCUGGAUCUGUUUAACUUGUCGACCUUCCUGAUACCUCGGCACAUGAUUCCGCCGUUGACGAAGCAAAUGAAGACGAAGUUAUCGAUUGCCUCGAACGGCUGGAGCUCGGACGAAAAACAGAAUAAACCGGAGGACUCCUCGAGCAACUCCGAAAAUAGCUUAUGCAUGACAUAACAUAUCUUGUAAACUGUCAACAGAUAAGUUCCGCUUUCCUAACGUCACAUGGCCAGCGUAUAAGUGCACUGCAGAUAACGAUUAAGCAACGCAGGUAGCUCAAAUCUUUCCAUGUAGCCUGAAUUAUCACGAGGGGAAAACGUCCCGAUAUACGUCCUGCGACAGAAAAUUUUAUUUAUGUUAAAAUUGAAAAUAUAAAUUCUCUGUCUGAAAAUUAUUUAGACAUUAAUUGUAACAUAUUACAAUACGUAAUUUAUAUUAAUUGUACCAAUGUAUAUAAUUGUAUAAUUAUGAAGUAUAAAUUAUUAAUUGUAAACUCUGCAGGAUAAUUCAGAAGGAAAAGUCAGCGUUUUUUAGAAAUUUACGAUAUCGAGAUUGUUGAAGGGGAAAGAAAACUCAUAUGAAUAUAUGAUAUUUAUGAAUAUAUGAAUAUAUUCUUAUAUUGGGUAACUACAAAUAUUAUUAUCAUUUUCUGAAAGAUAAAUUUUCAUCUCGAAUCAUUUUUACCUCAAUAACAUAAUAAAUUUUCGCA